AUGACAAGUUUCGUUUACUGUUUAUCUACCUUCGAAGCGUUGGUUCUAUUUCAGUUUCUUCCAGCAGCGAGUCUUGCAUCUAGUUUUCAACUUGCAUGCGAUAAUGGAACUUCAUUAUCCUUGGUUUACUGGGAGCAAAAGCCUUAUGUCUACAAAGAUGAAGGAGAAUUCCUCAUCAACGGAGCUUUGCCUGAAAUCCUCAGGAAAAUUUUCAACGUUUGUUGUAAACGUGAAGCUAACAUAACAGGAAAACGUAUUGAGUACCCCAGCUCAUUAAAACUUACGAUUCAAAAUCAUUCUCACCAGGCCAUUAUUCCAUUAGGGCGAAGAGUAAGCCGCGGUGAAUCGAUAUACUUGCGCCCAUUUCUUGGGUUAAUAGAGUCUCCAGGGAUGGCAGUGAUUGCACAAAAGACCAUUCCAGGACAGGAGUUGCUGGCUGCUAUUUUUGACGCUUGGCCAAUCUUAAUUUUCAUUGUGAUGGCAGUAUCUCUCAGUGCAAUAGUCAUGUGGAUUCUGGUAAGUGCAAGUGCUCUUUUGCGUUGUUAAAACAGCUUUACCUUUCACUUACUUUGUGUCUCUCUGUGGUUUUGUGCUUUCAAAAAGAAAAGAUUCAUAUAUCAACCCCCAAAACUUAAUAAAAUGAACAAAUAGAUACAGAUAAAAAUAAAAUAAAUUGAAUAAAGUUUUAGAAAGAAAAUAUGGUACCAGUACUGCUAUUCUACAAAGCGUUGAUAUAAAAAAACAAAGGAAAAGGAAGAAAGAGAAUAAUCCAUGAGCCAUCAACAUCCCUGCAAAAUAGAAGCCAUGGAACUCUUGGCGAAAGCCUCACCUUUCCAAACCAGAGAAUUGAUCGUUCUCUUUAUCAUGUAUGGAGGAUUAAGCUAGUACAGACAAGGAAAUUGAAUGGAAUCAAUUAUACGGGCACGUCGCCACCUCCUUAUUUAUGUGGCUUCGAUUAAAGAGAAGGUCUGAUUGGAGUGAGGUAUAAACUUUGGCGACAACUUUUGACAGAUUCUUCUUGUUCGGUUAAAAGACGUGACAUGUAAAUUCUAACCUAAACAGCAGCUUAAUUUGCCAUUUUUCAAUGAAGACACAAUGUUAAAAAAAUUGCAUUUUUAAGUUCAAUACCGUCAACUGAAGCAUACGGUUAACUUGUUAUUCGUUUUUAGCAACUCACAAGCUUUUGAGAUAAGUUUUUCAUACAUGAUUGCUAAAUUUCACCUCUUUUUUUUCUUCAGGAUUAUCGUUCAAACCCUGAAGAAUUCCCGGAAUUCUUUCCCAGCGGAGUAUUUGAAACAUUUUGGUGGGCUGCUGUUACUAUGACAACCGUGGGGUAAGUGCCUUGAACCAGCUCGUGAAUAGCAUUCUUUUACAGACAGGCCAUCCCCCCUUUUUUUUCGCUUUGCGUUGGAUGCGUUUUCCGAUAUUGGGUCGGUCGGUAGGAUUGAAAAAAAAAUACUAAAAAAAAAUCAAGAGAAGUCUCAGAAUAAGAGGCCCUGUUACCCCAGGACGACGAUAAAAGUUAACAUUCCCUUAUUUGGAUUAACAAAAUACACAAUAUACUGUAAAAAAAAAAUGUUCCUGUUUUUGUUCCUGUUUUUCUGUACUCUGUUACUACGCUCAUUUUUCAGAUUAAAGUGAAAAAUAGUUUAACUACGUCGUUACUUUUGGUUGUUGUUGUUGUUUUUUGAAAAUGCUAAAUAUUUGGGUCGGUCGGACGACGCUAAACGGAGAAAAAAAAGGGGAUGGCCAUAGUAUUAUGUAAAAUACAUAAACCGAAUCUGUUUUGCAUAAUAGUCAGGAUAGGGUAAUUAUACCGGAGUUUCCGCGCACGCGAAGCGCGUUCGGCGGAGCCCCAUUGCUAAGAGAAAUAAUUAUGGCAAGGUAUAAUGUCUAAUUUAUGAGACUGAGGUGAGAUGAACCAACAGUGACACCCAAAGCAUUGUUCUACUUGAUCUACUCGCCAGAGAACCCGUCAGUUCCAUAGCGUUUGAAUACGCUGCAGUUAAUUUUUUAUUUUAGGUAAUUUUUGUUUUUCCUUUGUUUCAAAUUCAUUAAGAUACAUUACUACCGUAUUUAUUCGAUUAACCGCCCUGGGCGCUUAUUAAAUUUUUGUACCUUGAGAGUGGGCGCUUAUUCGAGGUGGGCGCUUAUUCGAGACUGGGCGCUUAUUAAAUUUUCACCAUUUUCAGCAAGUCUAGUAUGUUGAUUUCGCAAGAAAACAAUAAAUGCUAAUAACAAAACGCGAAGAAGUAACAAAGCAAGGUUUCUGUAAAAUACUCUGAAGAAAACUCCGUCCUCAGGGAAGUCUCUUAUUAGAAUUUAUUCACUCAAGUAGGUGGGGUCGGGGUGAGCGCUUAUUUGAGUUUGAUUGGGAUGGGGAGGGGGUGGGCGCUUAUUCGAGGCUGGGCGCUUAUUAACUUUUUCUGCCUUUAGGACGGGCGCUUAUUCGAGGUGGGCGCUAAUUCGAGGUUGGGCGCUUAUUCGAAUAAAUACGGUAUACCCAAAAACAAAGGAAAAAUAAAAAUUAACUGAGAUAAAAAGUUAACUACAACCAAUACAUUAAGGCUUGUUCGUGUUAUCCUGAGCAUAAGUAAGACUUCUGCUUCUCUUUUUAAUUGUAAUUAUUUUGUUUUGGUUUUGUUCUUUUCUUUUUUGUUUUCUUUUUUUUUUCUUACACUGGCUUUUUCGUUUAGCUAUGGUGACAAGGUGCCGCGCAGUGUAGCCGGACGUCUUUUUGGAGUUGUUUGGAUUAAUGUUGGUCUUGUUAUACUCGCUAUCUUUAUGGGUAUGAUCACCGCCUCCCUUUCCAGUAACAGUCUCGAACAAAUCAGCAACCUUUAUGGAAUGCCUGUAAGUAUUAAAAACCAACAUACCUUUAUCAAAACUGUCAAAGUAAGAUAUUUACAUUUGUAACUUUCUCAUUCUUGUUCGGUUAUCAGUCGUUAUUAGCGUUUCAAGUAUUCUCCGUUCUGAAUAAAGUUUCGCUGAAAAAAAAAUGCAUGAAAACACAUGAAGAAUACCUUGAUCAGCUGCAAAAGAAGACGAGCAUGUCGGCUCCUCCGGGUCUCAAAGCCAUUGACCGAAAUGUUGGUCCGGCAAAAAGCCUAUAAACCACGAGAAAAUGAAAUUACAGGCUAUGGACCAUUCCAAUCAAUCCAGUUAUCAGUAUAGCUUCUGUUCUAGUUCCGAAAACCGGCUGGCGGCCUCAGACAACUUCACAGACAAGUUUUGCGCGAGUCUGUACGGUGACUUAGGGAAUUUUAGUUUAUAACUGCACUAAAGAUAUUAUAAAGCUCCAAAUUUGACGGCCGGCUUUAGCAAAAAUUUCUUUUCGUUCACUUUAUUUUAUUCGAGAUUUUUUUAGUUGUCUAGCAGAAUAAAAUCGUAGAAUUCUGCUGAGUUUUUCAAGCCUGUUCAUGUUCAAAAUGUUUUUGUUUUUCUAAUUCAUUCACUCUGUUCUUUUUAGCAAGAGUAGCUAUUUUAAGAACAGUACUAAACGGGACAUGAGCUUUUGAAACUGAGACAUUUGAGAUACAUACUCGUGAUUUCUAUACUUACACCUCUUUUUAUCGAUUCAUACCAGGUGGCAGUUAUGAACGGAUCAGCUGAACAACAGUUGGCUAUUUUACAAAACGCCGAGGUUCAUGGUAAGUAUCUCAAAGCUGUAUACAUUUCAAAACGAAUAAGUUGGCAGUUUGAACAUCCAGAAUAAUGAAGAAUAAUGAAUAAACGUAAGGCUUAAUUCACCUUUGACAUAUAUACUUUAAGCUUUGUCUUUGACUUGGCAUACUUUUUGAAGCUGUUCAAAACACUCACUUAUUUAAAAUCUGACCGAAAAAAUCUGAACCCGCUGUUCGUUUUUUAUAAGAAUCACAUCUCAUAAUCACCUAUAAUUUUGAUAUAAGUAAUAAUAAUGAAAAAAUAUGAUUUGCAGCAAAAAUAACUUACGAUGAAUUGUACAAGAGUGUGAAAGAUGAAGAGACUAGGGUGGCAUUGGUGGAUCUUUACAGUACAACUCAACACAGUGUUAAAUACUAUGAGAAAUACGGACUUUAUGUGGCCACAGUACUUGAUGAGCCCGUAAUCUAUGGAGCGGUGUUGCCCAUGGGCUCUGAGACUGCAAGAAAUUGUUUCCGUAGCUAUACUGAAAAUCAUCAGUUGGAGAUACACGAGAUAAUAGAGAAGUUCAUUAAGACAGAAAAGGUUAGAGAAUAUGCUAUCAUACGUUUUUAUUUAGAAUAAGCAAUCUUAUCAAAGGCAGGGACCCUGGGUAAGAGAUCAGUCCACUAAUUUAUGGUCUACCCAUUAAAUGUUUUCCACAUAUUUCCUUUGUACGUACAUCGGUGAACAAACUGCUUAAAGCUCUCUCCCACAUAUAAGCAAAUUGAUAAUAUAUGAACUUAUAGGCGCAGUAAAUAGGAACUUGCUGGUCUUUAGGUAGUCAGAGGAAGACAACUGGUGAUGGCGUUAGUGAUUAAGCUGUGGAGAACAGAGAUCCUCUUUGGACACAAGGGGUUGCAAUUGGUCGUUGCAGAAUUAAUAACGGUUAUACGCCAUGGAGACAAAGUCGAGUAGCUGUUUAUGUAAAUUGCGUGAUUAUGGUCAGGACAUGGAUGAUGUGCGACCUUAUUCUCCCUACGAAGACAAUUGAUGACAAAGGCGAUUGGUUGGGAUUUGUACAAAAAUGGCCCCUCUGCAGUCAGCAAUGUGGACAUUUCAAUUGUAUUUGUUUAGUUGCAUGUAGGUUAUUAAUGUUCUUGACGUGAUUUAAAGUUUUGCCUCUUUUCUAAAUCAGGCUUACAAGCACAUAUUACUAAUUAGAAACAAUUUGAAAAAAAGAGUUUUCUUAUAGAAUAACACCAAUGAUAUUCACUGAAAAAACAAGUCAAAAAAAGAAUUAUUCCAUCUGUUUCUUUCCCAUUUUCAGCAACCAAGUGAAUCUUCAAGUCUUGGUGUUGAGUAUUUUCAAGAAAAUCUGUUUGGUUACACUGUGUACAGUCUGCUUGGUUUCUUUAUUGUGAUUUUGAUCGUCGGCCUUAUCUGGGAGUAUUCUCUUCAGGCUCAAAAGGUGCACAAAUUAAAAAAGGGCUCAGGUAAUCAAUCUACAUUACAUUAGAUAAGCCUGGUGAUAAACUUAAAUGGUUUCAUUCCACUAAUCUCUGGAACAUCCGGUGAUCCUGGCAUUUUGCUAAAAUUAAUUAAUUCCAGGUUCCAAUUGCGUUUCAUUUCAUUUACUUCAGUAGGUUGACCAAUUCUUGUCAGGAUCACUGCAACAGCGCGAGGCACCAUAAUGAAUGAUUUUCCAGUAAGACCUUUGUUAUGCACACAGGAUUCUGGGAUCGCCGGUGGGCGGGGAGGUGCAAACGUUGCGAGUCGCCAUUCCGUAUGUCUGCUCAGCUAUAGAUCACCGCCGAUGACGUCAAAAUGUGUUAACCACAAUGUUGCCUCUUGAGCAGAAUUUUAAUUAAAUUUGUUUUUUAGACUGUGGUAAAUUUCGGCGAUAGUUGAUUACUCUGGUUACUAGUUAUGAAGUGUUAAGUGACAUGAUAGUUUUUCGCACUUGUUUGUUGUUUGUUAUUCUUGUUGUCCUACAACAGCAUUUUUCUCUGUUCGUGCUCCCAAUCAGCUCAUCUUUCUCCUUCUCUUUCAUCUCUUUCAUCAUCAUCAUCGUCGUCACCGCCAUCCUCAUCGUCAUCAUCAUCUUCUUCUUCUCCUUCUUCUUCUUUUUGAUUGUUAUUUUAAUGUUUUUGAAUCAUAUAUCCCAACCAAAACUCCAAAAGGCAUUUCCAAGGCUUUCCUCCCCAGCAUCACGAUGGUUGUAUGAAUUUGUUUGUAACAUCAAGGAUUAAUGUUUAUCUGAGACAUUUUUUACUAAAUUAAAUUGUCUGUUUUGUUGCAGAAAAAUGUUCUCCCAAGCCUGAGCCAUCGCUUCCCCUCAAAGAUGAUGAAAAUCAAGGGAACACAAACCUUCCACAGCGUAUAUCUUCGGAUGGAAGUGUGCAAACGGAGCGUCUAUUGGCAGCUCAAAGCGCAGAGAUCUUGGCCAUGGAGGAUGAGCUUAAAGCUUUCCGUAAAAAUUGGGAUAAAGGCUUAAGAGAUUUACAGGAGCGCCACAAGAAGGAACAGGAACAACUUUUUCAAUUGGAUAACUUUGGUUACGACAUGUAA